AAAAAGCAAACACAACACUAACCCUCCAAAUAAAGGAAAGCAAUGAUCACAACAAAGAAUCUUAAGAAAGCUUUAUUCUAACACAUUCACAUUCAUAAAACAAUCAAAAAAAUUCAGAGAAUUUCAUUAGCAUUAUUGAGCUUCCAUUCUUGAUUUGUUGUAUGGAGAACACAGCAUCAAAGGCAGAGGUUAUUAGGCCAGUUUUCCUCAAAGCUGGCAUUCCUUUGGCUAUCUCUGCGGCUGGCUUUCUAUUUGCAACAAUCAUUGCAAGAAGAAGAACUUCUGUCAACAGUUCUUCACCACAAACCCAGGUAAGUUCCCAUAAAUCUGAUUAUUCUCAUGAGGACUCCAUGGUUGAGGAUAGCGAUCAAAGCAUAAAUUCUACCUCUUUACGUUGUGAAGACGAUGAAAUGGAAAUCACUACAAGCCCUCAGUUAAUAGAAAGUUUGGGUAUUCCAGAUAAGUGUAGCUUUGAUGAAGAAAUAUUAGGCCUAAGAACCACAUUGGAUGAAUGUCAUCAGAGAGAAAGGGUAUUGGAAAUGCAUUUUCUUAGCUAUCAAGCUAUUAAAGAGCAUGAAUCGGUGCUAAUGGAGAUGAGCAAUACAUUGCUGUUAGAGAUUGCUCGUGUUGAGUUCAUGGAUAGGGAGCUAUCAUCCGUGGAGGCUGUCAACAACAAAUUUGACAACUUGGUGGUGGAUUAUCUAAGACUUCUUGAAAGUUUUGACUUAACAAAAUUGGAAAAUGGGUUGCUCAAAAGAAAAGUAAAGAAGCUUUUGAGGAAAACAAUAAAGCAAUCACGCAUCAUAAGAGAGAAGAAUUCGAAGAUUGAAGCUAGAGAGGCAGAGGUUUUGAGAACUUGUCAAGUGCUUGAAUCAAGGAGCAGUGCUAUCAAGAAAUUAGAGGACGAGGUUAAGGAGCUGCAAACCGUUGUCGAUCAAGUGCGGGAGGAAAGGAAUGAACUCUUGAGAGAGCUAAACUCAGCAGAGAAGUCAGCUUCGCCUAUCUCAAAGAGUGAAGCAGAAGGCGUAACCGUAGAAGAUUACAAUCAGCUUCUAAAUGAGUUUGAAAAACUACAAAAGGAACGGGCAGCUGAAAUGGAGGAUUUGAUUUAUUUACGAUGGAGUAAUGCAUGCUUAAAGCACCAGCUGAUGAUGAAUCAAGAACAACAAAAACAGAUUGAUCUGACAUUAGAAUUUCAGGAAGGUGAGGACCACGGAUAUUGUGGUGAAGAGCAGCAGUUUGAUGUCUCAGUUGUUAGGCACGGAGAACCUUCUUCAAGUGUGGCAAUUGAUAACAAGGCUUGUCCAAAAAGGCGAAAGCUACUGCAAAAGCUUAAAAGAUGGGUGCUGGAAGGGAGUGACGACAAGAAGUUGAAGUUGGAGAAGCAAGAAGGCAAGUGCUUUGGGAGGUUUUCAGUGUCAGAUGAACCAGAAGAAGAGCGUGCAAGUCAUCCUAGGAGGUCUUGUUCUAGUGCAUAAACAUGGAACAUAACUGGGAAGCCAACAUCUAUUACAAUGAUACAGAAAUGUAUGUAAAUAUAUAUAUCAAGCAACUGAUCUUAGCAAGUUGAACUUGCUUGUAUACUGACAAUCAUAAACAUAUUUCAAAACAUGUACUUUGAAACAAUCAACGAAGAGUGUUGUAAACAAAGAACAUAGCAAGGAAGAAAAUAUCUUAAAACAUGAUCCAUUAUAUUUCAAAUGAAUUUCAAACCAUA